AGCGGCCGGGCCGGGCAGUUGCGUUCCCGCCGCGUCCCCGCCGCGUCCCGCGCUCGGUGCCUAUGGAGGCGCCUCUCGCCGGCGAGGCCGACGACCAUGCCUAGGAGGGCCGGGAGCGGGCAGCUGCCGCUACCCCGGGGCUGGGAGGAGGCCAGGGACUACGACGGCAAGGUCUUCUACAUUGACCACAACACCAGGAGGACCAGCUGGAUCGACCCCCGGGACAGGUUAACAAAGCCCCUGUCCUUUGCUGACUGUGUUGGGGAUGAGCUGCCAUGGGGAUGGGAAGCAGGGUUUGACCCUCAAAUUGGUGUCUACUACAUCGAUCACAUCAACAAAACCACGCAAAUAGAAGAUCCAAGAAAACAAUGGCGAGGGGAACAGGAGAAAAUGCUCAAGGACUAUCUCUCAGUGGCUCAGGAUGCACUCAGGACACAGAAGGAGCUGUACCAUGUGAAGGAGCAAAGACUGGCUUUGGCCCUAGAUGAAUACGAACGCUUAAAUGAUGCCUAUAAGGAAAAGUCAAGUUCUCACACAAGCCUAUUCUCAGGAUCUUCAUCCAGCACUAAGUAUGAUCCUGAUAUCUUAAAAGCCGAGAUCUCUACUACACGAUUAAGGGUUAAAAAGCUAAAGAGAGAACUCUCACAGAUGAAGCAAGAACUGCUCUAUAAAGAACAAGGCUUUGAAACAUUGCAACAAAUUGAUAAAAAAAUGUCCGGAGGCCAGAGUGGGUAUGAACUUAGCGAAGCCAAAGCCAUUCUAACUGAACUGAAAUCUAUCAGAAAGGCAAUUAGCUCAGGAGAAAAAGAAAAACGAGAUCUGAUGCAGAGUCUUGCUAAGCUGCAAGAGCGGUUUCAUUUGGAUCAGAACAUUGGCAAAUCGGAGCCAGAUUUGAGAUCCAGUUCUGUGAAUUCUCAUUUAUCUCUUUCCAGACAGACCCUUGAUGCUGGGUCACAAACAAGCAUUUCUGGAGAUAUUGGAGUGAGAAGUAGAUCAAAUUUAGCUGAAAAGGUCAGGCUAAGCCUACAGUAUGAAGAAGCCAAAAGAAGUAUGGCCAACUUAAAAAUUGAAUUGUCAAAGUUGGACAGUGAGGCCUGGCCUGGGGCACUGGAUAUUGAGAAGGAGAAGCUGAUGCUAAUUAAUGAAAAAGAAGAGUUUUUGAAAGAGCUGCAGUUCAUCACUCCACAAAAACGCACACAAGAUGAAUUGGAACGCCUGGAAGCCGAAAGGCAGCAGCUAGAGGAAGAGCUGCUUUCUGUGAGAGGCACACCUAGUCGGGCUCUGGCCCGGAGAUUGAAAUUGGAAGAGAGAAGAAAAGAGCUACUACAGAAACUUGAAGAAACUACUAAAUUAACUACUUAUUUGCAUUCACAACUUAAAAGCCUCUCCACCAGCACACUGUCCAUGUCAUCCGGGAGCAGCCUGGGUUCCCUGGCGUCCAGUAGGGGCUCUCUGAACACCUCCAGCAGAGGGUCACUCAACUCCCUCAGUUCCAGUGAGCUCUACUACAGCAGUCAGGGCGAUCAGAUAGACGUGGAUUAUCAGUAUAAACUGGACUUCCUUCUGCAGGAGAAGGGUGGUUAUGUUCCUUCAGGACCUAUCACCACCAUCCAUGAAAAUGAGGUGGUCAAGUCCCCCAGUCAGCCAGGUCAGAGUGGACUCUGUGGAGCACCAGUUGCAGCAACUGGCCACACACCCACCUUGACUGAAGCCCCCAAGUCUGUGACGUCCCUGUCCUCGAGAUCUUCCCUUUCUUCCUUGUCCCCUCCUAGCUCUCCUUUGGUCUUAGAAGGCACAUUUUCCAUGUCUUCUCAUGAGGCUUCUCUUCAUCAGUUCACUACUGACUUUGAAGACUGCGAAUUGAGUAGCCAUUUUGCAGAUAUCAGCCUUGGUGAAAAUCAGAUAUUGCUGGAUUCAGAUUCAGGAGGAAUAUCUCAGUCUCUUUUAGAGGAUAAAGAGCUUAACAAAUGUGCUAGGGAGCCAUUAUUUGAAGGAACUACAGAUGUGGAAAAGUCAUUACCAAAAAGAAGAGUAAUCCAUUUGCCUGGGGAGAAAACUGCUUGUGUGUCUGCUGCUGUAUCUGAUGAAUCCGUGGCUGGAGACAGUGGAGUCUAUGAAGCCUCCAUGAAACAAUCUAAUGAAAUAGAAGAUGCUCCAUAUAGUGAAGAGGAUGCAGCCAUAGUGGAGACUGCCCAGGUGCAGAUAGGACUCAGCUUCUCUUUUGACAGAUAUGAUGCAAAAAGUUCAAGUUUCAUGGUUAUUAUAGCACAACUCCGAAAUCUGCAUGCCUUCUUGAUACCUCAUACUUCAAAAGUGUAUUUCAGGGUUGCUGUUCUUCCCUCUUCAACUGAUGUCAGCUGUCUAUUUCGAACAAAGGUCCAUCCACCCACUGAAUCUGUGUUGUUCAAUGAUGUGUUCAGAAUGGCCAUUUCCCAAACAGCCUUGCAGCAAAAGACACUGAGAGUUGAUCUUUGCUCUGUCAGUAAACACCGCAGGGAAGAAUGCCUGGCUGGAACUCAGAUCAGCCUGGCAGAUUUACCAUUUUCCAAUGAGAUUUUCACUGUAUGGUAUAAUUUGCUCCCUUCAAAGCAAGUGCCUUGCAAAAAGAAUGAAGAAGAAAGUGAGGACUCGGCAUUUCAGUCAAACCAGCCAUUAGUAGAUUCUAUAGACUUGGAUGCAGUGUCAGCCUUACUUGCAAGAACAUCAGCUGAGCUGUUAGCUGUGGAACAAGAAUUAGCACAAGAAGAAGAGGAACCAGGGCCAGAAGAAGAGCAUCAGGGUCCAGAAGGAGAUUGGUUAACAGUGCUAAGAGAGGCCUCUGAUGAAAUUGUGGCUGAAAAAGAAGCUGAAGUCAAGUUGGCAGAAGACAAUAGCUGUACAGAGGACUUAAGUUCAUGUACUAACUUGCCUGGGGUGAACAAAGACAGGUGUAGGAAAGAAAAUGAGUGUGCCAGAGACCAUACAAAAGAGCUGCCUACUGGAAUACCUAUCCUGGUUGACAAAGAGACAAAUACUGAUGAAGCAGUUAGUGACAGUAUGGCAGUUUGCCCCAAAGACCGAAGCAGCCUGAGCUCUCGACAGCAUCCAUUCAUGAGGAGCAGCAUGAUAGUGCGCUCACAAACAUUUUCUCCAGGAGAACGGAGCCAGUACAUCUGCAGGUUAAAUCGGAGUGACAGUGACAGUUCAACCUUGGCUAAAAAAUCACUCUUUGUGAGAAACUCCACUGAACGGCGCAGUUUGCGGGUCAAAAGGACGGUUUGCCAGCCAGUCCUCAGAAGGACAUCCCAAGAAUGCCCUGUGCGCACAUCUCUAGACUUAGAACUGGACCUUCAGGCCUCUCUAACCCACCAGAGUCGCCUCAAUGAUGAGCUGCAGGCCCUGAGGGGCUUGCGGCAAAAGCUAGAGGAGCUGAAAGCUCAGGGAGAGACUGACCUUCCACCGGGUGUGCUCGAGGAUGAGAGAUUCCAGAAGCUCCUAAAACAAGCUGAGAAGCAGGCUGAGCAGUCAAAAGAAGAGCAGAAGCAAGAUUUGAAUGCCGAGAAGUUGAUGAGACAGGUCUCCAAGGAUGUGUGCCGGCUUCGGGAGCAGAGCCGGAAGGUGCCUCAACAGGUACAGUCCUUCAGGGAGAAGAUUGCCUAUUUCACCCGAGCAAAGAUCAGCAUCCCUUCCUUGCCGGCUGAUGACGUGUGACCCCAUGGCAGGACAUGUUGCUUCUCACCUGGUCACUUUCUUAGGGAGGGCAAAAGACUGAAUAUUUGCUUUGUUUUGUUUUUGUAACAUAACUGUCAGCUCUUAAAGGAUGUUAAUUCACACCAGAUUUUCAACCAGAUGUCAAUUUAUAAAGUACCUUUUAUGUAAUGUCCUAUAUGUUUAAAGAAAAAAAAUCAGAUAUCAAAAAUGGGAUAAUCUGGUACACAAAUGUCACACGUGUGUGUGUGUGUCUGUGCGCGCGAGCGUGCUGCCAGUGGACCAUAUUGCGUACAAUAGAGUAGAGGCAGCGCCAGUGUCUGUCCAUUGAGCUGGGCUCAGCAGAAGGUAAUCUUGGCUUUCUCUUUGUUUCCUGUGAGCAGACUGUGAACAGGGCUUAGUGCUGUGUGUCAUUUCUGAAGUAAGACAGCUCUUUUCUUGGAAGGUGAGCCUGAAUACAGACAUGAGUGCACAGCUCCAGGGCCACCCAAAAUAGGUGCUCUGUUCAUCCCCAUUACCUAUAUCAGAACACCUUUUUCCUUAAAAUCGUUAUUUAGAGGAAACAAAAAUAUGAAAUACUGAGCACAACCAUAUAAGAACACAAAAGAAGCAGUACCCCUGACUACACUAAAGAGCUUGUAACCUGUAGCAUUGAGGGUGAGGACAGAGAGAGAAUACAGUUAACCCAAAACACAUCAAAUGAGCACCUGCUGCUUCUAACCUGAUCUGAAUUUGCAGGGGUUUCAAUGUGAGUUUCUGGCCUUCACCAGGGUUUCCUCCAGGGUCUGCAGGUGAUUCAGGCAAGGAGAGGCAUGUGUGGCCUUGGGUUCUAACCAACAGACAGUACUGGUGAUGCUGAGGGGAACAUAUCCACACACAUGUGGUGAUGCCAAGAACAGAGGAAAGCUGUGUCUUCAGUGAAUCAAAGUUGCCAAAAAAAAAAAGUUUGUCAAACUUCUGACAUUUACUAGAAAUUACCCUGCAGCUCUCAAUAUAAGGGGAUUCUAUCUAUAAUUGGUGUUAAGUCAUUGGGAAGCAAAGGAAAGAGUGUGCCUGGGAGUAUUGUUAAUUUGAAGUAGUCAUAGACUAAAGCAGUUAUUUUUAAAAAGAAGAAGAAGAAAGAAAGAAAACACUAUCCUGGAUGAAUGAAUUCAAAGAUACAAACUGACAAAAAUGUCAGGUCCUCCAAUUUAAAAUUUUAGCUUUCCCAAUGCAGGCACCUCUUUAAAAAGUUAAGUCCUCAGUAUAAUAGCUUUGCCAGCAUAAAUACUGAGUUUGUAAAAUACUUAAAAUUUAGACCAUUUAAACCAUACUUAUUACUCAUUGUGUUAUACUGGAAAAUGCAGUUUUUUGCUAGCCAUCUUACAUAGCAAACUAAACCAAUUUAUUUAGAAAUUAAAAAAUUAUCUUAAAGGAAUAGACCUCAUAAAGAAAAAAAGAUAUGUUCCUUUUGCUUGAAGCCUCAUUUGCAAUAAUUUUUAUUUUCUUAAAACUACUUAUACAUAAUUAGGAAGUUUCUUUUAUCAGAAUCAGAGUUCAAAUUAAGCAGUUUCUGAGCCUAAAAUUUUAAUUUUUCUAAACAUUUCACUAUAUACAAAUUUCUUUGAAAAUAUAACUGGACUUGACACUGCUUUGAACAAAAGUCAGCCUAGUUGGUUCUGUUGGAUGACUAAGGAAAACUAGAAAAAGAAUACUCUUCUUCCUUGUUGACAUUAAAUGUGAAAGACAGAAGUUUAUUUAAUGUAGAGUUAAAUGAAGGUCAGCUGUUAUCAGCUUCUUAGUCUGACCAUGAAAAUGUUUAUAGAAUUGUGUGUAGUUCUACCAUACGAUUUUAUUUUCUUCAUUUAUUUAUUUACGGUCUUAUUUAUGUUCUGUUUAAUAUAUAGUUUGGUUCUGGCCACUUUAAAUGUUUGACAUAGAAGAGGCUAUAUUGGAGUAUUUACAGCUUUAUAAAUCUUCAUCAAAUUAACUUAACUUUUUGUAAUACAAAAAGUUUCAGACAGGUAUUAAAGAAUAAAAUCUGUCUCUGGCUGGUAGUUAACAGUUGUGACCAAGAAGUUUUGGGUUUCAUUUUAUAAAAUUUGUUCAUUUCUAACAUGAGAGGCAAACUGUUUUUGAUAUAAUCCUUUUCCACACUUUAAAGAUCAGCAAUAAUAUUCUGUAUUAAUAGGCAGCUUUUAAUAACCCCAUCAUAUUGUACUAACUCAAAUGAUUCAUCACAAAACCAUAUGGGCAAAUAUGAAUUUUAAUAUUAUAAAUACUAUUUUAAAGAGGUAGAAUUUAUUCUGCACAGGGUAAAAAGAAUGUAAUAUUUAGUCUCAACUUUGAAUUAUCAGUAUGUUAUUACAGUUUUGUAUAUCAGAAUCUUAAGUGUUACAGGUACAAAAAGAGUAUUACUAGCCAAAUGAACAAGUUUAGUUGAAUCUCUGUAGCAUGCAAAUCAAAUAAAUUUAAAAUCUAUUUGUGCUAUGGCUUUAUCUAUAUUGUAUUAAAUAGCAAAAGCUCAGGACUGAACUAAAUAUUUAAUCAGGUUAAAUUCUGAAUGUUUCUUUUUUGUCUUGUUUGUAAAAUUAUGCAGUUACACAUCACAUAGAUUAACUUUGGUUUCUGCACUUUCCAUGUGUUUGUGGAUGGAAAAAAAAACCUAAAUGGCUUUUUUUUUAAAUCAAAGAUACAUAUUGCCUUAUACUUUAUUUCAGUGUUGCUUAUUGUUCAGUUAAUUUUUCUCAUUGGCACAAUCACAAGAGUUUGCUUGAACCAUGUACCAAGCAAAUAUAAAAUAUUCCUUGAAGAAUUCCCCAAGCCAGAAGUUUUUCAUGAAUACUUCUUCUAUGGUCUAUCUGUAUUGCUGAUAAAGAGAUGAAGUAUUUUCCUUUCACAAGGGAAGUAAAGGGCUCCUCAGUAAAUACUUUGCUGUUGUGCCACCUAGGCUCACAGUGUGCUCCAGGAGGAGGUGGCUAUCCUGGGAGGCCCUCUGCCCAACAUGCUAGCCUGGACCUAUCAUGCCCCUUGUGCCUGCUCAGAGCCAGGGGCAGGCAGGAAGGUUGGUCAUGAAAUGCCAAGCACAGGACACAGAAGCAUAUUUGUUUGGCAAAUUCUACAUGAUUCCAAAACAUGAAAUUUUCCUACUUUGCGUGAAGGCAGUGAAUUUGUCUGACUUUGGCAAAGGCUCUAUGGGAGGCACUGAGGCCUCUAAUUGAGGAGAUAAUUUGCCCCUCGUCUCAAAGCUCUAAAGCCUUUGAUGAAGCAACAAUUGUUUUUAGUGUACUCAAGUGUCAUGCAUUUUAAAUAAAUAUGCAGUGAGACCUUACUCUCAUUAUAGUCAGUUGUUUUAAAUGCCUGAAAGAAGUAAAUGAUUAGGAGCAUGUCUCUAAUUGCUAAAAUGAUUCAUUUCCAUAUGAAUAAUACCUUCAAAGAAAUAUAGGUACUACUAUGUUGUUUUAUUUGCCAGUUCUGUGCAAUCACUGAGCCUAUUUUAAAAUUGGGAAAAAAUAACCAUGUACCGUAAUGAAUGUGAUUACUAUUAGGUUCUGAUUGGUUUUGGUCUCCAGGUAGAAAAUAAAUGUGGUUUACCAGUCUUAGAAAGAAAUUGUUUGUUAAGAAGCUAACAGCCACAAGGGGAAAAAAGGCAUUUUGGAAAAUCAACAGCACAGUCAGUAGGUGACUGUGUAGUGGGAGGUCCUACCAAGUCCAGUGCUGAGCAAGGAUCUCCCGAAAAGCAGCCACCACUGAUCCUGCUGGCUUAGAGUUCCAGGUUGGUGUGUUUCAUUUCCAGGUGUUUGCAAUGAUCUUGUAUUUCUGCCACUGCGUAUCGGGCUGAAGCUCCAGGAGCUGAGGCCGAGCAGGCUGCACAGUGAAGCAGACACCCUCCUAGCAUAAGAGAAAACCCAGCAAACCAGCCAAGAAAGAGGGCUUCCCCAAACUCCCACCUGGGGACAAUCUCUGGGAUGUUCUCAUCCCAGAACUCCUGGACUGUGAUGUGGGCAACCCAAGAGACUGGAAUGAGGGCCAUGACUCCUGAGGUCCACAGCAGAAUUCCUCCCAGGAUUAGCAGUCGCCUCUUGAGAUCUUGCUGUCUCUCUCCAAUUCUCAGACAGUCCAGGCCAAGCCCCGAGACCAGCAGGCCCAAAAACCCCAGCGCAUUUGACAGAAACAUUAAAAUCCGGGAGAUCCUGAGUUCAGCCGGCAAAGCCAGGAAGGAAUCAAAGUCCUUGCAUUGUCUCCCCACUUCUUCCUGGAUGACGCAGGUUUUCCACAGUCCCAUGGUCCAGUUUUCCAUUUCAUUUAAAUCCAGGUUGAGGUUCUUCCAAUAUGGCAAGUAGUUUGUAAGGCAAGAUAAAGCCCAUCCCAGCAGAGAUGAGAAAAGUCCAACCGACAGCAUUGCUGUUCUAAAGACUAAAGCCAUUAUAGAGUCCUUCGAGUUUUAGCCAACCUGACUGCUGCCCUUCAGGUGUUGUGAAAAGAAGUGUGACACUUGAUUUAUCACUUGUGGAGAUCAGAGAUAUUUUUCCAUUGUGUAUAUAGGAGGAUUCUUGCCAGAGUUGCUAUUGUUUGAGCCCAUGUAGAAAAGGUUUCAGAAAUGGAUAGGGAAAUAUUGCUGCAAACCAGUAAUGCCAAGGUGUGGCCAAGAUCAUGUUUGUGUCCUAUGGGCUGGAUUUUAUAGAAAGCACUUUGUCAGUGAAAUAAAAUUAAGUAGUACUAAGCCUCCUUUCAUUGUUAUGCUAUAAAUGGCUUUCAUGUUGUUCCCAACCUUUUUAACAAGUCAAAGAAUUAAGUGUAAAUGCCAAAAUGUUUAAUUGAGGGUUUUGGUUUACCUCCUCCUGCUUUCUUUAUAUCAUACUAAUUGCACCUGUCAGAUUUUCAUCUUGUUAUAGUUCUCACAUUUCAACACAUUUUGUGAUGAUAAUUCUGGUGUUAUCAUGUUUUAAAAAAAAAUAGGUUCAAGAAAAGUAUUUCUUAACCAAAUAAAUCAAUCUUAUCAGAAA